GCCGUACUACGGGUUGGUCUGUUUUUCUUUUACUUCAGGAUAUACUUAUGGAGUAGGCUGGAUGUCCUUUAUUAUAGUUAAUCGGUGGGGUGCUUAUACAAUUAUGGUCCGGUUUUAAGUGCUACGUUUUUCAAAGAAUAAGAGGACAACGAAGCCGGUUCAAAUCCCGUGAUUGGCAAGGCCUUACCAUCAGUUGCUCCAGGGAUCUUGCAUUCCCAACUCUACGGCGCUCAGGCUAGAAACGCCUGCUAAAUUAAUAAAUGUAAAUGUAGACAUGUAAAACAUGCGAUCGGUGAGUUACGUGCAGCGUGUCAGCCUUGACUUUACCGGGACGUUGUUUCCACACGCCAUAUGCCUGGGGGAUGCAGACAACGACUCGCUAAACGAGCUUGUGGUCGGAGACACCAGCGGGAAGCUCUACGUCUAUAAGAAUGACGAGUCCAAGCCCUGGCUGACCCGCUCCUGCGCAGGGAUGCUCACCUGUGUGGGAGUGGGGGACAUCUGCAACAAAGGGAAGAACUUUGUAAUAGCUGUGGGGGCAGAGGGUUGGCUUCAUCUGUUUGACCUGUCAGCUGCAGCCAAGUCUGAAUCAUCCAGCCAGCAGGAGGCGCUGUUCUUUGAUGAUCAGACGCCCUACUUUACGCAACAUAUUCCAGCUAACACUAAAGUGAUUCUUAUUAGUGAUAUUGAUGGUGAUGGACGGAAUGAGCUGGUGUUGGGCUACACAGACCGUGUGGUGCGAGCGUUCCGCUGGGAGGAACCCCCAGACGCCCCUGAGCUGGAGAAUGGGCAACUUGUUCUGCUGAAGAAGUGGCUGCUGGAGGGCCAGGUUGACAGUCUGUCUGUGAACCCUGGACCUGAGGGUCUCCCUGAAUUGAUGGUUUCUCAGCCUGGCUGUGGCUACGCUAUCCUCUUGUGUUCCUGGACACAAGAGGGUCCUGCUGAGCCUGACUGCAGUGCUUCAUCCUCCCCUGAGGGGGAAGGACCUCCCAAAGACGUCAUCCUCCACCUGACCUCCGGCCGCAUCCAUAACAAAAACGUCUCCACCCACCUGAUCGGCAGCAUCGGCCAAGGGCCCUCCAGUGACCCCUCCACAUGUGGCCUGUUUGCCCUCUGCACGCUGGACGGCACCCUGAAGCUGAUGGACAGCACUGAGCAGCUCCUGUGGUCCGUGCAGGUAGACCAUCAGCUAUUUGCCCUGCAGAAGCUAGAUGUCACGGGGGAUGGGAGAGAAGAGGUGGUGGCCUGUGCCUGGGAUGGCCAGACGUACAUCAUCGACCACAACCGUGCUGUUGUCAGGUUCCAGUUUGAUGAGAAUGUCAGCGCCUUCUGUGCAGGCCUGUAUGCCUGUAAGGAGGGCAAGAACACACCCUGCCUGGUCUACGUCAGCUUCAACCACAAGAUCUAUGUCUACUGGAGCGUUGGGCUGGAGCGCAUGGAGUCCACCAACCUCCUGAAGGUCUUGGAGGAGCAGACCGAAUACCACGAGCUGCUGCGGCGUCUGGGAGUGGAUCCUGAGGACACGGAGACUGUGAGGGGGCUGAUCCAAGAUGUGCUGUAUGGGGAGAAGCACCCUGCACCCCCCCUGUCUGCCAUCUAGCUGCUUCUCUGCCCCCCCCCAGCUGCACCCCCAUCUUUCUGUUUAUUUUUCUGUACAGUUUAGAGUUUGGGUAACAUGUUUGGUCUUGGCACCAUCAGUCAGCUGGGCAUAGAGCAGCGUGCUCCUCAUCCAUGGUACCGCUGCAUGGCUUAGAGAUGCGAGACAAAACCCACAAGCUCCUCUGGAACUACUGUUUGCACAGUGGCAGUAUGUGACACUGUGGUUUAGGAUCUGUUAUCUGAAGGUUGCCAGUUAAAAAGCCUCGUGUCAUCGCUAAGACCUUGAAUGAGAUUUUGGAGAAAAGCAUCGGGCAAAUAAAUAAGUGUAAAUAUUAAGCUGGGACAUGAACUGGCAGCUCCAUUAAGGACAGUUCAUAGAACAGUCAAUGGAACAGUCCAUAGAUUGUAGACAGAUGGAUUCUGUAUGAACUACUUGUCAUACCUACAAAUGCACUGGAAUGGUGGGAAAAAUACCAUGGUGGUGUAGCGCCAGCAGUCUACCACAGAGAAGAGAAAAUGACAUUAAUGGUUGAUGUGUGUGUGACAUUAAGAGAACUGUGUAGUGCCUUGAAUUUUCAAAGUCUCUUGACUUUGAGUUUUGACCUUAUAGUUUAGCUGGAAACCAAUUGAAAUCUUGAACCUUUCAAGUUGUUCCACUUUACAUUUCAUGCUGCCUCUUUGUAGCCACUGCCUAAAUGCAUACAUAAUUCUAAUUUCCUUUUUGUUGUUGUUACUAAAUGUAAAAUAUACCUUUGCAUACUGAA